UACGUUACAUACACCGAAAAUCAAUGCUUCUUCUACCUUUGAGAUAUUUUGAAAAACCAGAAAAUUCCAGAAACAUAGUUUUCAAUCUUCACAAACAAGAUAACAAUAAGUAAGAGAAUAAAGCCACUCAGAAAAUUUCAAACACUUCUCAAUUUGUUCCAACAUUUCUAUGAAACUUUGAUCUUUGUGUUAUUCUAUCUUAGCCAUGGCUACUGUUGUGAAGCUCCAUGUUUUUCCAGAAAGUUUCAAUAUUCAUGGGAAGAGGUUGCUUAGGAGGGGUUUUGGGUCAUCAAGUUCUCCUGGGGUGCUUGGUUUAGGCCAUAAUUUUGAUGGGUUUUCUGUGAAACAGUGUAGGGCCUUUAAGAGUGAGGAGAGUGAGGGUUUGAAGGAGAAAAAGAUUCGAACUUUGAAGAAAAAUGAGGUGAAAAUUAGAAGGGAAAGUGGGUUUUGGAGUUCACUCAACUCUGUCUUGUUGAGGAAUUUCAUGGGGGGUUCUAAAUCUGAGGAUGAGUUUCAUCAAGCUAUGGUGAAAGUGGAGGAAGUGUUAUCUUCGGCAAGUUACUUUUUCUGCUGUACCUGUAACUGUUCUAUCAAUUUUGUUGUGUUGAAUUUUGAAUUAGUAUUUAACUGUGUUUUUUCAAUUGGUGAAAACAAGAUUGCUGUUCAAAUUGGAAGAUAUAUUGUGACCAUGAUGAGCACUGGGGUUAUUCUUGCAAUUGGAUUUCAGAUGUCAGGUGGAGACAAUCAGAUGGAUGCAUUGAUAUGGUAUAGCUGGCUUGGAGGAGUUAUCAUUGGGACAAUGAUUGGUGCUAACAUGGUCUUGGAGGAACAUUGCCGUGCUGGUCCACGUAAUGUUGUCAUCACAGGGAGUACAAGGGGAUUGGGCAAGGCCCUGGCUCGGGAAUUUCUUCUUUCUGGAGACCGUGUAAUAGUUACCUCUCGCAGCCCUGAAUCUGUGGAAGCAACUGUGAAAGAGCUUGAGGAAAAUCUGAAGGAAGGAAUUGCCAGUGCAGUUGGCUCAACUCUAACAAAACUUUCUCAGGCAAAGGUGGUAGGCAUUGCUUGUGAUGUCUGCGAGCCUCGUGAUGUGCAGAGAUUGGCGAACUUUGCUGUCAAUGAGCUUGGUUAUAUUGACAUUUGGAUUAACAAUGCUGGGGCAAAUAAAGGUUUUAGACCGCUGCUUGAAUUUAGUGAUGAAGAUAUUCAACAGAUUGUCUCAACAAAUUUAGUCGGAUCUAUCCUUUGUACUCGAGAAGCCAUGCGUAUUAUGAGAAACCAGGUCAAGGCAGGUCACAUAUUUAAUAUGGAUGGUGCAGGUUCUGGGGGAACUAGCACUCCUCUGACAGCUGUAUAUGGUUCUACAAAGUGCGGCCUUAGGCAAUUUCAAGGAUCACUAUUGAAGGAAUGCAAGCGAUCAAAAGUCGGUGUUCAUACAGCAUCUCCAGGCAUGGUUCUUACGGAUCUGCUUUUAAGUGGCUCAACUGUCCAAAACAGGCAAAUGUUUAACAUCAUAUGUGAGCUUCCUGAAACUGUUGCUAGAACAUUAGUUCCAAGGAUGCGGGUUGUCAAGGGAACUGGCAAGGCCAUCAAUUACUUGACUCCUCCGAGAAUCUUACUUGCUUUGGUCACUGCCUGGUUACGAAGGGGUCGUUGGUUUGAUGCUCAGGGGAGAGCAUUGUAUGCAGCAGAAGCAGACCGGCUUCGUAACUGGGCUGAAAAUCGCGCCCGGUUCUCGAUCAAUGAUGCAAUGGAAAUGUACACAGAGGACACAUGGCUGUCAGUCUUCUCACUUUCAGUUGUUUGUGCCUUCAUAAUCCUCUCCAGCACUGGCAACAACUUGCCAGGAACUUGAUCUCUUUAUGCCAAUUUGAAAGUAAAUCUACAUUUAUUGGUGCCUGAAAAGCUGAAAUCAUCAACUCAAAAGAAUGAAAUCAAACCAUAAACAAGGUGGAUGUUUUUUUCUCAGCAUGUUCACCUGAACUCAAUUGUUUCUUAACCCUCCUAGCUGUAUGUAACUUUUUAGCUCAAAGAUUUGGUUCCUCAUGUGUUGUAGGAGUUCCAUUAUAGGCUCCUAGCAAUCAAGCUUCUCCAUUGAGAUGCUUAUAGUCAUAAUAUGUACUAUGUAUAGCCUUCAUUAAAAUUGUAGUCUGUAGUGAAAUUUCAUGUUUUAUGUUCAA